AUGUUCCAUAACGACCGCCUUCCAUCAGAGCUGAUUUUGUCUCAACUUUCCGGCUGUCAGUGCAGAGGUCUCGUGUGCACUCCAGAGCAAUGCGAUUGCCUGAAGCGGUGCAAUGGAAACCUAUAUGACAGUUCCGGUCGUCUUUCCUGCCUUUUGAACUACAAGGAGACUCGACAACUUCAACCAGUUUUUGAGUGCAAUAGUUGUUGCGCGUGCCCACCCACCUGUCCUAAUCGACUGGUUCAGCAUCUAAUUGGGCGCUUUCCAGACCUAAAGGUCGUGAAUACGGGAAAUGCUGACAAAGGUCUGGGCAUCAUAUGCCAGAGGGAUCUCUCACCUGGCCAGUUUGUCUGCCUUUAUAUGGGAGAAUAUAUUCCACCAGCGGAUGCCGGCCGAGUUUCGCGGGCUCAGAUCCUUUCUCUGGGCCAUACGUAUAUUCUGUGUGUUCGAGAAUUCGCAGGCGCGUCUCGGCUGGUCAGUGAGACGGUAGUCGACGGUGCUGCGGAGGCAUUUCUACCCGAUUUGCCAAUAUCUAGUUACAUAAAUCACUCUUGCCAGCCAAACUUGACCGUCGUCCCGGUACGCGUAGAUUCUCUGCUACCCUUUUUGACAUUCUUUGCCAAUCAGAAGAUAACAGCAGGUACUGAGUUGACAUACGAUUACGGAGAGUACUCGACAUCGCCAGACUGCCUUUCAAAGAAACCCUGCCAGUGUGGUGAAUUGAUGUGUCGUGGGUUUUUGCCCGGUGCAGAAUGA